AUGUCAUUCGGCGGGUUCAGUGAUAUCCAACGUGAUCGAGACAGAGCCCACUCCUCCCGGCAUCGAGAACGACGCUCUGGCGAGCAUGACGAAGAAGGGCGAGACAGCUAUGGCGGCGAAGACUCUUUCGGUGACAGAGAUAGGGGGAACGAGGGCUACGGUAGAAACAACAACGAGGGCCAUGAGUCUCGACGAGGAGGUGAUAGUGGUAUAGGCGGAACAUACCGUGAACGUGAGAGUGGGGGCGGCGGCGGAAGACCAUACGGCGGCGGCGAUGAUGGCUAUGGAAACAACAACCGCAGGGAAGAAUUCGGAGAUCGUAACGAGGAUCGGCAACACAACCGUGAGGAAUACGGGGGUAAUAACGAUUCAUCAUACGGGAAUAAUAACCGCCGUAGAGAUGAUUCUGAGAACAACUUCAAGCGUGACGAUUCAUAUGGAAACAACAAUCGCGGGGGCUAUGGCAACAAUAACAACAGCAACGAAAGUUACUCAAGCCAAAGCCAAUCCAACUACCCUCAAAAUAACAACAAUCAAAGCCAAACUGGACAAGCAAACCCAAUAAACUGGGGAACCGUAGCGGAAGCCGGCAUCUUGCACUUCGCUAAGGCCUACGAGAAAUCUGCUUCCACCAACCAAGAGUCCGGAUCCAGCAAUAGUAACGAGCGACCGGCUGAACAGAGUGAAUUUGCGAAACGACUCGCAAAUAAGCAGGAGGCGGAAAGUGGAUCAACCUUGGUUAAGCAGGCCUUCGGCGGCGUGAAAGCUACUAUCGAAAAAUUGACAGGCGAAAAGAAAUAA